AGAAGUAGUUCAAAAAAUGAAGACUUUAUUAUACGGUGUCGGUGUUUUAACAUUCCUGUUAGCAGCAGGAUAUGUAUCUGCAGGAGAAAGGCCCAUCUCGGACUGUGGAGAACGUAUUGAGAAUGAUGGAUAUCCAAUGGAGGAGCAUACAGUAACAACAGAUGAUUCAUACAUUUUGACAAUGCAUCGCAUACCAUACUCAAAGAAAACCGGCCCAACCGGUGACCGUCCAGUUGUAUUCCUAAUGCAUGGCAUGCUCAGUUCAUCGUCUGAUUGGGUUUUGAUGGGUCCCGGUAAAGCACUUGCAUAUAUACUUUCCGAUGCUGGUUAUGAUGUAUGGAUGGGCAAUGCACGUGGUAAUACUUAUUCAAAGAAACAUAAGUAUUGGCCAACAUACUGGCAAAUAUUCUGGAAUUUCAGUUGGCAUGAAAUUGGUAUUUACGAUGUGCCAAAUAUGAUUGAUUACAUACUUAAAUAUACUAAAAAAUCACAAUUGCAAUAUGUUGGUCACUCUCAGGGUACUACUGUAUACUUGGUUAUGAUGUCUGAAAGACCUGAAUACAAUAAUAAGAUUAAGUCAGCUCAUUUAUUGGGUCCAGCUGCUUAUAUGGGUAAUAUGAAGAGUCCAUUAACAAGAGCUUUCGCACCAAUAUUGGGACAACCUAAUGCAAUGGUUGAACUUUGUGGUUCUAUGGAAUUCAUGCCUAGUAAUCAAUUUAAACAAGAUAUGGGUAUAGCGACUUGUCAAGCAACUUCACCAUAUGCAGAAAUGUGUGCCAAUGAAAUCUUCUUAAUUGGUGGUUAUGAUUCAGAACAAUUGGAUAGAGAUUUACUUGAACAUAUCAAAGCCACUUCUCCCGCUGGUGCUUCUGUUAACCAAAACUUACAUUUCUGUCAGGAACAUAAUUCAAAGAAAUUCCGCAAAUUCGAUUAUAGUGUUAUACGUAAUCCCUAUGAAUAUGGUACUAUGUAUCCUCCAAAUUAUAAAAUCAAAAACGCUUUGGCACCAGUGAUGUUGUACUAUGGCGCCAACGAUUGGAUGUGCGAUCUUAAAGAUGUGCUACAACUACGCGAUGAAUUACCCAAUGUACAUCUCGAUUAUUUGGUAGAAUUUCCAAAAUGGGCUCACUUGGACUUUAUUUGGGGUACUGAAGCUAAGAAAUAUGUAUACGAUAAAGUCUUGGAAAUGAUGAUUGAUUAUGAAUAAAUGUACAAUAAAUUGUUUAUUGUGAAGUUUUAAAGCAAAACCAA